AUGGAGAUUUGGUUCAUCAUCCUCGCCUCUCUCUGCAUCUCUGCAGCCCUUAAAUCCCUCCUGGAUCUACUCUCAUUCAACCAGAAGAAGCUCCCACCAGGUCCCUUUACUGUGCCCAUCAUAGGCAACUUCUUAUGGAUUCGUAAAUCCUUCUACGAUAUUGAAAUCAUUCUUCGCAAUCUACGCACCAAGUACGGCUCCAUCAUCAAGCUUCAGAUUGGCUCUCGCCCAUCCAUCUUCAUCGCCAACCAUGAGCUCGCGCAUAAGGCUCUCAUCCACCACGGCGCCACCUUCGCCGAUCGUCCUCCAGCUCUCGCACCCAACCGCGUCAUUUCCAGCAACCAGCACAGCAUCAGUUCUGCUGCCUACGGCCCACUCUGGCGUCUCUUCCGGCGGAAUCUCACCCACGAGAUCCUCCACCCUUCACGGAUCAAGUCCUACGGCAACGCCCGCGUCUGGGUUUUGGAGAUACUAACCAACAAGUUCAGAGAACAAGCCAAUUCCGGACAACCCGUUUGCGUCAUGGAUCACUUCCGGUACGCCAUGUUCUGCUUGUUGGUGCUCAUGUGCUACGGAGAAAAGCUCGAUGAGAAGAUUAUCAAAGACGUCGAAUCCGUUCAGAGGAAGAUGAAUACCAGUUUUGGUCGAUUCAGUGUACUGGCUUACAUGCCAAGAUUGGGAAAGAUUGUAUUCAGAAAGAAGUGGAACAAGCUCUAUUAG